AAAAGUCAUCGGUUAUAACAACAGAGAUCUCGAGUUCAUGUGUGGGUGAGGGUGAGGAAUCAAUAAGGUACACAUGUGAAGGUGGUGGCGGCUGACGGGCUUUGACUGCUGAUGGUUCUGUUAAUGCCUUGCCUUAGUGCCUACGAUGUUGUGUUUUGCCCGUUUGUCACUCGCGACCCUACACGCUGCCUACGAGUCAUUCUCGCGAACGCGGCCGUUGGUAGCGGUCAAAAACUAGAAUUAUGCACCAUUUGUGUCAGGUCUGGUAAAUCUUCCCCGUCCUUCUCCGGACCCAUCGUGUUCCGCUUCGAAUCUCCAUGUCCGACCCCAGAAGCUGACUUCAAUUCGCUGCGUAACCUAUUAUUCACAGCACCGGCAAUGGCGCAAGCUAUGCAUCGGACUCGCUUGCCCAAUCUGCCUUCACCAUUUAUUUUUCAUCUCUUCAUUCUGCCGAACUCUUUAUUUCGGGGAAUCAACACUGCUCGGGUGUGGAUCUUGGGUUGCGUUGGGCGUGCCUGUCUACAUGAUUCCGUUGGUAACUCUUCGUCGUGAAGCGCCCCAAUUGGCCCUAACCCUGCUUUCCACCACCCCUGUUUCGCGGUUUCGGUACUCUUCCAGGACAGUAGUGUUGCUAGUGAAGAUUCCGUAGGUGGGAUGUGGUGUGUGCGUGGCGUAAUCUCAUAAUCUUUGGAAGGGGGUACACCUCGGCCGUGGUGAUUGGGCUCUUUCUUUCACCCUCGUGAGAACCCAACAAAUUAGCUGCAGAGAGGACGAUGCGUUGUAGCUUCGUGCAUGUGGCCAUGGGUUGAACAGCUCGGAAGCUGUAGCGGUGAGGUUAGGUCUUGGAAUUGUUAUGGCAAGACCCAUGCGAGAGUGCGGCCUGCUCAAGGCCUGCAAUUCGGGUCAGUGGGCAAGUGGUCCGAAUUGCAUAUUCGAGUGUUGAUCUCUGGGUCGUGCAUGUGGUGGGGUUUUGUGUCGUGCCAAAUCAGUGCAUAUCCUUAGACUGGAAUGGGUCCCACAGGGCUUGAUCGAAAUUCGCCCCCGUCGUCAGGUCUUUGUGGUGCACCGGCGGACACAGAAUUGGGGAGCGCGUAGUGGCAAGGCGUUGCGUUUGCAUCUGGUGCUAAGAUCUGUGUGACUGCGACUGUAUGCUUAUGCUGUUCACGGUUCAUGGACACGUAGUAUUGUAGCUGUGGGAUAGCGUCUCGCGUUGAGAGGAUGGAGGUUGAACGUGUGGUAGGAGCUGGAAGGACUGUAUUGUCUUCAUGGUGUGGAAUGGUUGUACUGGAUUUGAGGGGACAAUCUGUUGUAUGGCAGCUUCCGUGAUAAGUCGACACGGGCACUGAGUUGGAACUGAUGAGUCCACGAGCACCUGGUGAACAUGUGAAGGGCUGUUGGAUUUUGCGCAUUGUCUUGGUACAAGUGGGCUCACGGUGCUGGAAGGGGAUUGUGGAUUGGAGCGUGCAGGAAGGCGUGAAACAGGUGUUGGAGGAAUCGGGGAAAAGCGGAAUGAGUGCAGGGUGGGUUGUGGCAAGGUGUCGUAGUAGCUUAGGGAAGGAAUCAGCUGUUGGCUGGUUUUAGAUCCGGCUCAUUUCUUGGAACAGGUAUCCGUCGAUCUCGGCAGAAUGCAGCUGUUGACACGAAUCGAAGGGGUUGUAAUGGAUUCCACCUGGUGGAACAGCUGCAUUAUUACGGACUCUGUAUCAGGUGAAAGAGAAAGUUUGAGUAAGGCGUGGGUGCUGCCACUGGUCGUGACUGUUCAGUAGACAUAGGACCCAGGGCGUCAAGGCAGCUGCAGCAGGGAAUGGGUUUGUUUGAGGGCUGUAUUUGAGGGGGCAACGUCAGCAGCGCUUGGAUCCCUCGCAACCGGGUGAUGUCGCGCAGUUUCUAUGAGUUGCAUGGCUUGUGGUGUUUACAGAAGUCAUGAGGCAUGAUUGAGUUCCUGCACAGUUGCCAGGACAGCAAUCCGGAGACGGGCAAAUUUGAUGCGGGCAUGGUGCGGGUUCUAGGCUGCUCUUGGAUACACGCGUCUGAUGCAGCGUUGGGAGUGCCUUGCAAGAAUGUAGCUUGUCAUGGUGUAGGAGAAGGAUAGACCUGCAUCCAGAGUGGUGAGAAGCAGGUUUGAGUCCCGAGAAGGGGAGGUGAAUGAGGGUACGCGUCCUGGAUGCACAGGCAUUGAGGGAGGAGUGAGCCAGAUUGAUGACGGAACUUUCGAUGUAGGAUCGGACCCGGCGCAUCGCAGGAGCAACAAUGUGUGGUGCAAUCCAUCGAUUGCUGCGAUUGUGUGACGAGAGUGAAAAUGCGUGGUUGUGGCAAGCCUGAGAUGUCAGUGGUUGUCUUCCUUUAGGGUUUGGAGAUCGAAGGGGGAACGGCUUCGGGUUGUUGUGGUGCAGCUCUUUUGGUACUCAAGCUGGUUCGACGCGUCGGUGAGUGUGGAUGCUUCAUCUCGUGGCUAGCGGGUAAGCAAUGGUCCAGUGAACGUAGGUGAUGUGAUGUUGAGGAUUACUUGUGCAUAUGGCAAGAGUGGGAGGGGAAGGGCAUUGGAGAGAGGAUUCCGAGAGGCACGAUUGAGGAUGUGAUGAGGAACUCGGCAUCAAAACUUGGCGGCGACGGUACGGAGGACUUGAGGAUGGCACGUUGGGCAAUAGCAGGAGGCAGAGUGGUGAAUCUCGUGGGUCAACUCUGAGUCGGAUUGAAGACAGGCAGAGGUGGCCGCACCACACGGCUAGAGAUGGACACCACCAUCGAGAAGCCGAGCGAGAGUGAGCCAGUUGAGGUUGAGACAGCAUGUGCAGUCCAGCGUGGUGACGCUGAAGUGAAGCUAUUGAGCAGCAAGUUGGAGUUGGUAGAGCCAGAUUUGAAGGUCAGAAUUGAGAACGAGAGUUUUCCGGUGAGUCCAUCUGUGAGCACCAGUCCGGUUGGAAGCAACCUGCUGCCUUCACGUGCAAGAACUGCUGUGUGGAGGCAAAAAGUCCACUCGGGAGUUGGCGCACCAGUGUUGGCUGGGCAAAGGAUUUUGGAAUUUCCGAGCCCGGCGAUGGUGAGUCAGAUCGCUACCGCCAUUGGUCCAGGGCAGAGGGUGCCGUACGAGAGCUGUAAACCGGAAUCCAGUCCUGCACUUCCAGGGACGCUUCCCGUGGCAUAUCGGUCGCUUCCUCCUGCGGCAGGGGUUAUGGGCUUGACCCCGAACCUUUUGACUCCGUCGCCAAGUAUCCUGGUGCCAUCUGCGGGGGUGCCACCCUUACCGGCAAGCUUGUCCCUGUAUCCACCUGGUUUGCCACUCACUUCAGCGGGGCAUCGGCGGAUUCCAGCAGCUCUGUCCAAUUUGACUUCGGCUGCGGGAUGUUCAGACCCUCUGGCUUCGACAAAUUUAUGUCGACUUCCAGGGAGAACCCCGCAAGCUAAUGGGAGCAGCACAAAGGCGCGAUCGGAGCACAUGUGCCAUUCGUCGAGGCAGAGUUGCUCUCAGUAUUGCCUUCAGGGAUACAAGCUGUGUCUGUGGCACAUUCUGGAGGAUCCUUCCGCCCCAUACAAGCAGUGUGACUUCGCGGAGUUUCCUAGCCGGGAGCGCUGCCGUUUUCCUGUGUCACUGAAGUCCGAGAAUACCAGGUUCUGUCAAAUGCACAAGCAGGUGAAGGGGUUUACCAUAAAUCCUGUGACACUGAAGAACCAGCAAGCCAUGGAGCGUCCUCUUUUGGGGGAAUUCUCGGUGCUGGUGGUGGCAGCUGCAGUUGCACAUCAGAUGGAGAUAGUAGCGCCUCCAAAGCUUUGGGCUUCAGUUGUGGUGAACCACGUAUCAGUGGUUCCACCAUCAUGUGGAAGUGGGUCUGUGAAGGAGGAAUAUGGGGCGUCGAUGUUUCAGAGAUCUAUAAGCGGGAAGAAGGUAGGCGCACAUGUGCACGGCGAUGUGAAGCCCGGGGAUGUGCCGUUUGCGCGCACGAAUUUGAAACCGGCUGUAAGGAGAGCGCAAGGGGGCUUGCAGAUGAAGGAGGAUGGGAAAGGAUUCGGCAGCGCACAAGGAUCCAGCACGAAGGUGUGCGUGGAAUGCAACUUAGACAAUGGGAGUUGCAGGACAAGCGGUUGUGGAUAUCAGGAUGGCACCUCGAUGACCAUCGCGCAGUUGAAGGUUGGGCCUGCUUCCACGAAGGUCGCAAGCGAGCUGGAGAAUUUCCGUGCCCAGCUAGGGAACCGGCUAAGCAGCCACGGGAUCUCUCUUCCGUAUACGAUGCCCAGUAGUGGGGGGAAGGUGGGCACAGACCAGGGAUUGAGUGGUGGUGCUAGAGGGUUCCAUCGCAGCGGAAGUCCACAUGAUGAGAAGCUGAUUCGGCCGAGCACUCCAGGGCAGGUUUUCAUGAACGGAGGGUGUGCAAAGCGGCGGGCACACGAUGCAGCAAGUGUUCCGUGCUUGGUGGAUAUCGGGCCUGUAGAGCUGAACAGGGUAGGUUUGAUGUGCAGUCUGCAGCAGGUUCCAGGGAUGCUACAAGGGAAGAGGUCAUAUGACCAGCUGAGUAUCCUGCCGACAGUCGAUUUUGGAGGCCUGGACAUGGCCACGAUGGGAGUGCGGUGUGGGCCUCGAGAGCCUCGAGCUAUUCCUGGUUUGGCUAUCAAACGCAAGUCUAAGGUGCAGACCCCGAGAGACAGCUCUUCUAUGGGUCGAGGCCAGGGGCGAAGGGUGUUCUUCUCGCGAUUCGUUGGAGUGAGGAAGCGACCGUGGGGAGCCUAUGGGGCUGAGAUUCGUACGCCAGAGGGAAAGCGGUUGUGGCUGGGUACAUUCACUACGGAGGAAGCCGCGGCUCGGGCAUAUGAUGACGCCGCGAGAAUUUUCCGGGGUAAGAGUGCAGUGACGAACUUUGUGCAGGGUUCUGAAUUCGACUUCGGGAUGAGUUCUCCUUUUGCUAUGGGGUCGUCUUCGACUUCUAUGGAAGAAGAUAAUGCGAGUGAUGGGUCGGGCGCGAGAAUGCGCUCAGCAUUGAACAUGAAGAAGAAAGAUGGGGAGGCAGGAGUUGUGACACUUGGGAUCGUGCAGUCGAACCUUGGUAGUGGCGAUGGCAUGGGGGCGGGGAACAAGAUGGAUGGUUUUGGUAGUCCUGUGGAAACCUUGAACUUGUUAGGUGGUUUUGGAACGAAUGGCAAGGAAAAUGUGCAAGCACUGCGCAGUGCAUCCGAGGGUCCUGGUCGGACGCCAAGCGGGCAUUUGAAAGUCACAAGGGGGGUGGCAAAGGAAAGUUCGAGGCGUAAACAGUCGCAGAAGGUGACAGGUCGUGGAGGGAGUUCGAAGAAGGGCGAGGACUUGGGCGGGUUGAGGUGGCCAGAGGAAAGGCUGGAUGAAGGCACGUCAGGACCGGAUCGGCUGUUAUUGUUGAGCAAUUUCGCGAUCAGGCAUGAAGGGAUGGAGAUGGAGGAAGGGCCGGAUUCUUGUAAGAAUGAAUCGAAAGAGCAGGGAGCAGGUGCAGGGUCAGGUGUGGCUGGAACGGAUUCCGGGGACUCGGACGAAGAGUCGGAUGGCCCAUCAGAUGCGGAGCUGGGACUGGAUUCUGCCUCAGGGUUGCGGGUGAAAAUGGAGGAGGACGUCGGGGGUAGGGAAAAGUCCGCGGAGCCAUUCGUUUGUGCAGAACUGAACGAAGAGGAGAAACAGCAGCUGUUGGAGCUCGGGAAAGCGGACCCCGAGUUUCGGUUGACAGGGGUGCGCAAGUCUCAGUCAGGAAGAUUCGAAGCCACGAUUUAUGACCGCACGAUGAGGAAGAAAAUAUAUGUAGGAAUGUACAGUUCCAUGCUGGAGGCUGCCCGUGCACGCGAUCAGAAAGCUCUGGAUCUGGGAUCCAUGUCCACUCUGAACUUUCCCGAGAUGAGAGCUAUACAGGCCAUGAGGAAUACGAAGGCGGGUGGAGGAGGUAGUAAGAAGAAGUCGAAGGCUGAAGAUAUUGCGCAGUCGUUUAAAAAGAUACGACUGGCUUCGCAAAGCAAGUCGGAUACGGACACAAGGAAAGUUCUGAAGCGGAAGGUGCCGGAUAGUGAGGAGAAGUCAGAGUCGAAUAAAGUGAAAUCUUUGAAAUGCAAAGCACCGAUGCCAAGGUUGGAGGGUUCGGAAUUGAAGGCUUUUGACGGGAGUAAUGCGAUGGAGACGGAUGAGGAAGAUGCGUUGAAAGGUGAGAAGCAGGUGCCUGCGAAAGCCUCGACAAAUUCUCCAGCAGCUUCAAACAAGAAGGGCGGUGCAGCGAAAGCACCUAGAAGCAGCAUAAGCUCAGGGCAUGAGAAGUUGGGGGGCGAGGCUGCCGAAACGGCGUCUCACAAGGCGAAGCGGAAAUCUGUGGAGUUCCAGAAAUCGGAAAUGGAGUCGGAGAAAGAGGCUCUGAAACUCAAGAAGCAGAAAGUGGAGGAAGCGAAGGAGGUAAGUACAGCCGUGAAGAGGCGACGUGCCCCUAGCGCGAAGGGCAAGGCAAAUGGUGGAGCAUCUGGUCAAGAGGCCUGUUCUACUACAAAAGAGGACGGAAAGGACAGCGACGGUGUGAAGCAGGAAUCCGGCAUGGUUGGUCAAGGAAAUCAAGCAGGUCAUAGAGCUUCACGGAAAAGCAACAUACACAGAGCCUUUGCGGAUAGCUUUGUGGAAUCUGACUACGCGCGAGUGUACAAGACAACAUCAAAGCGGAGGGCCAUGCUGGACAAGGUUGGGAGGAAGUCGGACAGCUCCUCUACGAUUCCCAGCGCAGAGAAGAGCCCGGCUACUUCACCAAAAGAAACAACUCCGAAUCCAUCAAGGUCGCGGAGGGAGAGGAAAUUUCAAGGGGAGGAGGACGAAGCAAAGGGUAAAAACGGGGAGGAGAGAGGCGGACAAGGUCGCAAGAAGCCGCCGUUGUCGAAGUCAAAGUGCGCCCCUGCACGUGACGAGGAGCAGCAGCCCGCGCGGUCUCGAUCAGCGGGGAAGAGCUCGGCGAAGGGGUCUGGGAAGCGAAGAUCGCAGCGGAACUUUAUGGGAGUGCAAGCAACUCCAAGCGGACGGUUCAAGGCGAAAAUCUACGUCCCCAGGACAAAGAAGCAUAUUUAUAUCGGGAUAUACGACACACCCGAAGAGGCAGCUCAUGCUUACGAUGAAGUAGCCUACCGAAAGCGUGGUGCGACAGCCCCUCUGAACUUUCCGGAAGCAUUUCAUGCAAAAAUCAAAGCCAAACAGCCGAUCAAGAAAGUGGUUAUCCAGCUGACAGAUGCGGGAGACUUUGAGGCGAUGUGCUACGACCCCAAGGCGCAGGAUUAUCAUUCUGUGGGCGUGUUUAGUUCAGUAGAUGCCGCCCGUCGAGCGGGUGCUCGUGAAGCAGCCACCAUGGAUUCGGGCAACUCGGAAGCGUCUGGGAGGGAUGAAGGCGAUGGCGAUGGGGAUGGGGACGGCGACGGCGAGUCGUGGAGUACGAAGUACGACAGUGGUUUGAAGAGCAAGACCAUGACAGGGAAGCACAGCAAGCCUGGUGAUGCAGGAAACACGGGUUCGCCUGUCGGGCAGGAUGUCGAAGAAGGUGGUUCGGAUGAGGAUGACGUGGCGGUUGCGGAGCAGUCGCAGAAGGCGUCAGUGAGAUCCAUGCGGUCGAAGAAAGGAACGUUUGCGCGGGCAUCUAUGAACAAGAAGGCGAGUCGGCGAGGAAACAUGACGCGGCGGGCGGACUUCAGAGGCGUGUAUUGCAAUGGACACAAGUUCCAGUCGAUAUAUUACAAUCCCGCAACCAAGAAGCAUACGUAUCUGGGCACAUUUUUGACUGCGGAGGAGGCUGCCCGAGCUCAUGACCAGGUGGCGUUUGGGCAGUUUGGGGAGGAAGCUAAGUUGAACUUACCUGAAGAAAUUGAGACGCUGAGAAGAACUGUUAAGGUGAUCGGAAACAACGCAGUUCUGAUGAACCGCAGCAAAGCGAAAGAAGCAGAGGAGGAUGGCGAAGAGGAAGAGGAAGAUGGAGGAGAUUCACGUUCUUCUAGUCCGGUUGCUAGCCGAAAGGAGGAGGUGGAAGAUGCAGAAGCUCCAGUAGACGGUGACAUGGCUGAAGCCGUGGAGGAUGAAGAGGAAGAGCGAGGUUCACCCGGUAAUUCGCCUUCGAAGCCAAGCCAGAUGGGCGGAAUUUGGAGCAAGUCCAAGUGGUUCAAGGAUGAUUGUUUGGACAUUGUUUUGAAGAAGGGCAACAGUGGCGAGAACGCGUGUAGUGGUGGUAUUCCUGGUCGUAGUGGUGAUGUAAAGUCGUCUGAGAAGCCUAGUGCGGGGUCGAAGCUGUGCAGUGGCGAGCGUGGUGGAGGUGCCGAAGAUUGGAAGACUUCGGAGCAGGGGAAUCGGGAAAAGGGAGGUAGAGAUGAAUUGCGAUUAGGAAGCGACGUGGAAGAGAGAGCGGGGAGGCGAAUCUCCCGUCGCAAGAUGUAUCGUGCAAGUCGCAUUGGGACCCCAGGCAGUGUUCUCGAGGAAGUCGUGAGGAUUUCUUUGGAGAAGGAUAAAAUUAGAGAAGAGCAGGAAGGGAAGGAUGAGUGGGAAGGGGAGAAAAGUUUGGGUGGAGGGCAAAGUGGGGCCUCGGUGGAGGAAAAGAAGUGUCAAGGUAGUUCCAGCCAACAGGUGUUGCGAAGGAGUCGCAGGAAUACCCCUCCGCCGAAAAGCUCAGUCGUGGAAGCUGGUGCCGUGUCAGUGCCUGAGAAGGGCCAGAGUGAGGAGCAAAGCGAGGCAGGGCCAGCCAUGCCUUUGUUUGAUGCGUUGGCAGGAGAAUUCCUGAAGGCGAGUAUUGUGUUGGAAACGGCUGAAACUGAUGUAGGUGAAGGCCGGCUUCACAAGGAAGGCGAAACAUCUGUGACUCGUGCGACACAUGAAACUCACGGUGAAGUUGUGAACGGCGACCGGCUUGGGAAUGAGGCUUUGGAAGCCCCCGAGGGCGAGAUUGGCGCCACGAGAGGUUUGGCAGGGAACCCGGCAUCGAUGACUUCGAGUGAGAAUGCGGGCCUUGCUGACGAUGACGCAUAGUGGGCAAUCGGAUGGCAUCGUCAGUCAAUACUCAUGUGAGAGCCCCUCGCGCAGCUUAGGGUGGCGUGAUUGUAAUUUUCAGAGCGUGGAGGCUGGAGGCAGCAUCCCUCACCCAAAGCAUUGUGUUGAAGAGUUGGUCUUGGGAUCAGCUUGAAGAGAGUCGUAAACGGCUUUGUGCGGUUCUUGAGCUGGAAGCUAGGCUGGCGUUACGGGGAUGAUCUUGUGAAGCGCUUUGUGGGAGCCGCAGACGUCCAAGCACAGGUCGGAAUUGGAUUACAAAUGUUGGUAUACGUGGAUUGGGACGUGUGCAGAUUCGAUCGGAAGAAGGGGUCCUGAAGAUUGUACAGAAAGUUGCAGCAGUUUGUGCAGCUGUGAUGUGACUUCUAAAUUUCCUCUGAGCGAGGGAUUACAUUGUAAAGAUUGGUUAGAGUCAGGUUGUGGGGGUAAGUUUAGGUAGUUGUACACGAAACAGAAUUUUGAAGGAAUGCGGCGAAUGUCCCCCAUCACCCAUUAUUUAAUCUAUGCUCAUUUGGCUACUGCCGUAGCUGCUGCUUUCUGUGCGCUUGGUAGGGUUUAUUUUGGCGA